AGACUCUUCUCGCAUGAUUCCGUAGCGAGAAUCGAAGCCACGAUCUCAGAGAUGAAAGGCGCUUGCUCUGACGACUACGGCUUAGCCCCUUUUAUUCCUUUUACAAUUAUGCUUUGUCCUUUUAUUAAUUCCUUUUACAAUUUAUGCUUUGUUUGAGAUCCGUUUCCUUGGCUUUACUAUUGCUUUUCCAAAAAGUUCUUAAAGGGAAAUGGAAAUAUAUUUUUAUUCUCUCAUUUGAAAGAACUUUUAGUAAGACUAUAUAAAAUACUCUUUUACCGUUUUUUAUAUCUUGCUUACUUCUACAAAUAUUUUGAUCAAAAGAAAUGAAAUGUCCGCCAUCUUCAAGUUUUGUAGAUAUGCAUGUCACGUCACAACAGGGGUCACGCAAUAUUUUUACCUAAACAACCACUAAUCAUUUUGCACUCAAAACUAUACUGUGUCUGCCCUUAUAUCAAGAUCAUCAAAACCUUUAAAACAUCUACCAAUCAAUAUUUGGUCAGCAACGAAUACUUUUAUAUGGUUAAUCCCUGUUAUGACGUCACCAAAACUACCGUUACUCAGAUCAUAGACAAUCCAGAAGACAGGGACGAAAUGUCUUCUGGAUUGUCUAUGAGAUUAAAAAUUUAUCCAAGAUGGCGGACAUCUCAUUACUUCAAGUGAACUUCAAGAACUAAGCAAGAUAUGAGAAAUCGGUAAAAGAAGUUAAUAUAUAGUUUCAAACGUUAUUUCAAAUGAGAAAAUAAGAAUUUAUAUUGCCAUUUCCCUUUAAUUAAUUAAGGAUCCUUUAUUUAGCUAUAAUUUGAUUGCGUCUCCGGAUUGCAUUUCCGGAUUGAAAAUUUGGCCUUUCUUGAUAACGUCAUACACCAUCCCUCGGCUACGUCACUGGAAGCAAAAGGGGCAAUUUGCUUCGGGUUCCCAGCCAAUGGUGACCCAGAAAUAGAAAAAUAUAUGCAAAGAUAUAACUUUUACCGAAUCUCCCAGAAUACAAGAGUUUGCAAUUCCAGGGGACCCUCUAACAUACCUUAGUACUAUACGAUAGAAAUCACGAGGGCUCGCGCCAAAGUUAUGUUUGCUUAUGUUUGCUUGCAUAAUAUGGCCAAUUCCAUAUUAUAAAAGUACAAUUUAUAAUAUACCUUGCUGUAUCACAAUUCGCCCUUUCCCAAAUUUCUGAUACAAGAGCACUCGAGAAAGUUCCGCCUUUAAAGCCAAGGAAUAUGUAUCGAAAGCUUUAAUCCUCAUAACCAAAUUCUGAACUAAAGCCAAAUCUUUUGGUGUUCUGCCCCAAGACGAUUUCACCAAGGCUUUCUUCACUUCUGACGAUAGGGAACCAACUGAACGUACAUCAGCUCUAAAAGCUGAAAUAAUGGCGAAUAAACUUGAGUAGGAUUACAGUUUCAAACUACCUGAAAUAUAUAACAAGAAGGCCUGUCGCUCGAAACUUCGAAGUUCUUGUUAUAUUCUUUCAAGUUUACCGUUCAAGUUCAUUAUAUUACAAGAAGUCUUCUUGGUGUGCAUCAAAACUAUACCAGAAAAACGUUACAAAUAUGCCCAAUGACUCGGCGGACACUAUAUACUAUACUAUACAUAUUUUCUUGGGUUUCAUAUGACGCUACUUGGGGCUCACGGUCUGCAUGUGUCAAGGGUAAAGCCUAAAAGGCUAAAGGACGGUUUUUCGGAAAACGCAUUUACAUAAGAUGCGUUGACAGCCAUAUUACCCUCACUUGUGUCAAAUUAAGCUAAAACAUCACGUUAUUGAAACCCAAGAAUAUUUGGUAGAAACGCAGGCUAGUAGAAACGUUUCGUGCGGUAUUCACAAAUUAUCAUCAACCGCUAUGGAGAAGAAACAAACACGUAAAACAUUAAAUGCUCGAAAGACUCAUUGAUUGGUUUAGUUCAAAACAUCGGCUAGAUCGUGUUGCCUUUUAAAUGGUCCUUGACCAUGUAAAGUUCAAGUUAGUUACGAAUGGAGUAAAUGAUGAUCCGAUAAUAUAAUCGACAUUUCAAUGCUUUUGAUGGUCACAGAGACAAGUUCCCAUUUCCAGGAAAACAACUGUAAUAAGGAAUACUUACCACUGGCAUUAAACGUUAAACGUUUUUCUCCUGUUGCAAUUUUCUUCGAUUGAUCUUCUUGCACUUCUUCAUUCGCCUCUUUUGUCCAUUUUGAGUUUUUUCCAACAAUAUUCACGAGUUGUUUAAAUGAUUUGAAUCUUUUACUUGAUGUAGAGCUUGAAUUGCUCUCACUUUCUGAAGAGCGUUCUGUUUCGUCAGGUUUUCCUCCCACUUUAUCAUUACUAUUAACAAUAGGUGGAAACUUAACAUUCUCUUUCGAUCGCAUCGUUCUUUUUUCAAAUCAUGUACAUUAUUUGUAAAAACGAAUUUCAAUUAGCGAUCAAUCGAACGUUCCAUUAUUACGUCAUAUUCUACAAAAAAUUUUCAUGACGUGUCCAUCGGUGCAAUGGGCAUGCGCCAAGGCCGUACAUACACCUUCGCAAUUCACAAUUUUAAAAAUCCAGGACUCUUAAGAACUUUUUCUGUCGUUUCACAAAGGUAAUGUCGCCAAUAAGUCGAUAUGUUUCUCAGUAGUAUAGAUAUCGCUGUCAAGUAAAAUCACUAUAUAUAGUGAGCUUAAAGGGUCUUAAAGCAAGUGAAGUUUUAUCAACUCACUCGGACGUCACCCAAAAAUUAGUUUAACCAAUUUUGGCGGCAUUUUGUAUCAUAGCGCUCGUGUAAGCUAGAAGCAAAACACUUUAAAAAUCUUAUGUUUUGUCAUAUGUUAAAGAUUACCACAAACUGACACAAACACAGUUUUUAAUCAACUCCCCCCUCGGCGUUUUUAAUCAACUCCCCCCUCCGUGUUGACAAAACUUCGCUUGCUUAAGCUCGUUAUUGUCGAAAAAGAUCGAUAUUCUAGGCGCAGGAAAGUUUUGUAAUCAAUUGUAUAUUUAAACGUUUAAUACUUUACGUAUCUUACACACAAGUUUAUUUUUUCUAGGCGUCUUUUUGAAAUCCCAGAACUUUUCAAGAAGUUUCUGUAACGAUUUCCGAAGCCAUCUUCCAACCACUCUUCAGUACUUAGGCUUAGCGAUCUGGGAUAUUAAAUAUGACUAUAGAUGGAGAGCAAAUAAACAACAUGCUCUAACAGUAAUUAGGAAAACCAUAAUUAUAAUUUCUUCAAUCCUGCAAUAUGCCAACUCUGUUGUAUAUUCAUCUUAAUUAUUUUUACUUUUUAUAUGGUGGCGUAUGCUUCAAUUCGAAAAAUGAUUGUCAUGCAGUCUUUCUGCCCAAACAUUCAAUUCAUUUCCGGCGAAGAUAAUCAGCAGUGAUGCCUUUAAACAGUUUCACAAAGAGAAGAUCAGACAGAGGAGAAUAUAUACAACUUGCAGGCCACAAUAUUCUCUUCGAGAAAUACGAUAAAACAUCAUGCUAGAUUAUGAUGCGUCUUCUCAUGCGCUGCUCGAAUGACGCGUGCAUAUGUGCAUGUGCAUGUGCAAUCGUGGAAUUUCACGCAAGGCAAAAUUAAUAUAUUACGUCACAAUACAUCAAUUAAAUUUGUGGUAAAUCUUUAGUUUCAUUCUGGUGACUGUUUAGAGGGAUGUAGAUACUGUUAAAACCGUAAACUCAACAAAAAAUUAAAGAGAAAUGCAAGAAAUAAGAUCAGCUUCAGCAAGAAGUGAAAACGAUAGCGGGAUGGAUUCUCCAGUCAUGCAAUGGCAACGCAUUUCAAAACGUGUAGGUUUUCAAAAAAAUUGGACAAAAGAAUGUAUCAUUAAAGUACUAAAUGACUCCGAAGGAGAAACGCUGCAGGGAAAAGAUCUCCAGAGAAUACCAUUCAAUGCAAAUCGUAAGAAAGUUGAUGUUUUCAUGAAUUUAAAACCUAUUUAUAUCAUACCCAUGCACUGUUUAAGGCACGGGGUAUAACAAGAAGUAUUGCUGGCUGUCCCGACCCUGGGAACAAGGUUGGGUGUUGCGAAGCUGAAUAUCGCGAUGUUUCCUGAAACGAGUUCCUGUUUCCCCACCCUUGGAAACAUUGUUGCAGAAACAAUAUUCCCUUUGCAGAAAACAAUGUUUUCCAAAAAAAAUCAGAAACCCUUUGGUUCGCCAGCUAGUGCGAUUAUUGUCUCACAAAUAUUGUUGUAUUAGUUUUCAGACUUCAACUUGUAUCUCUGCCUCACGAACGACUGGGCGGUACCAGGACGCUUAUAUACAGGAGCGCCCCAGGCGGUAUGCAGGAUUUUUUCACCAGGCCAGGGGGCAGUAAUGCUUAUAUACUGAAAUGGAUUAUGCAAGUUAUAUUAACUAUCAUCAACAUAACGGAAGUUGGAAGAGUGUUAUUGAAUUAAAAAAUUCACUUCUAUCUAAUUUUUCUUUCUUGCCCAAUAUCUUUCAGUGUAUAAAGCGUGUGUACAGUCAGGUCGUCUAAGCGACAGAGCAAAACAUCUUUUCACGAAGGAUCCCGACGUUCGAACGAGUAAAGAUAUCAAGGAAAUAUUUCGCGCCGUUGACAAGUUGCAAUGCUUUUCAAAAUAUUCCCGAGCCGUGAAGCAAGGCUUAGCAAAGUUUGUGUACUACAGCGAUUACCCACCUGACAGGGUUGUUGUACAGCAAGGUAAAUUUCGAAUUAACUUAAAAAUUAGUGCGAAACUGAACUCAACCAUUAACGAUGCCUGCUAAUCUAUAUAAUCAUGCAUUGAACAUUAUAAAAUGUAUCUGAACGUCGCUUUAUGAUUGUUCCCUUUAGGGGUUAUUUACAAGGAGGCGUCCCAGCCCGAGUGCCCCAGGACCGGUUAGGCUAUAUAAUAAACGAAAUCCUUUCAACAUUAUAUUUGCGUAAACAAAACAUAAAUAUACUCAGUCCACUUCAGCUUUGAACAACUGAUCCAGGAUUCCAGGCAGUAUAACAUGGCAAACACAUAAACGCAAUGACCUGGGUGUCACUAGGAUAUACUGAGAUCUUGAGGUAUACUGCAUGGGCCGGUUGUUCAAAGCUUGCAGUAGCGCUAACUUUAAAAUUUAACCUGCUUUAUUUCAAAAUUCCAGAGAAGAAAUGACCAGACAGGAUUUCUAUAUGGGCAGUUUGCCUUGAAUUUUAGGUUUACGCUAAAGCGGCUUUCGAACAGUUACAUGCCCCAUGUAUGAGGUCAAUCGAGGCGGAUCUCGCUUAUACGCGGGCCAGCUCGGUUCCCAUAUAAAUGCAAGAUGAAAUUUUAAAUUAAUUAAUAGGAUUAAAGAAUAACAAACGCGGAAUCUCGCUAAAACCGGGUCAGCCUAGCUAGGUAAUAUAAACUCAAACGGUUUGUGCCAGCAUAAGUAACGACGUUCCUAGUUCUUCGUCGGGAACUUAGCAGCCUAGCAAAGCAAGGAAAAAACCCAUCAAAUUUCCGCAAAAAAAAUCCUGCAUAAGCAGACAGCCGAAAAAAUUCGUGCAUGCUUAAAAACCACCGUAUAGGCCAGGAUAUUAGUGAAACUUUUAAUCCAAAUAUAAAUUUUUUUCCAGGUCAUCCUGCUCUUUCCUUUUACUUCAUUCUGCAAGGUUCUGUUAAUAUCGUCGUCGACGAAAUAAAUACAAUCACUGGAAUAAUGACGAAAAAUGUAAGACGAUUUGACUAUUAAAGUUUCAAUUGGAGUCGAAUCAUACUGGAAAAUUAAAAAUAUACGUGUCAAAGAAUUUAACUGUACAAAUCAGUCAUUCAUUCAUUCAUGUUUUUAAAAAAGCGUAGAAAUAAAAGAAAGCGUAGAAAUAGCUAUAAGUUUUUGAAACAGUAUGAUCUGCUGAACGUAUACAUAUGCAUUCUAGUUAUACAAUAUCUCGAUUACUGCUGUAUUGUUUGGGAUGGCAUUAGUGACAAUUAGUGACUACUUCACAGUUAAUUAACUUCAAAACCGAGUUGCGCAUUCGAUUCAACUAGAUGCGCAGUUGUCGUGCAUUUAUUUUUCUCUUAAAAAACCUAGGUGGUUGGAGAAAUACUCGCUGGUAAUUCAUUCGGAGAGUUAGCUUUGAUUCAUGACACAUAUCGAAGAGCAUCCGUCAUUUGUAAAGAGCAAUCUGAAUUUCUACGAUUGGACAAAUCUGACUUUAAUCAGGUACAAUCAAUAAAACAACAACAGCAGCAGCAGUAACAACAACAACAACAACAACAACAACAACAACAACAACAACAACAACAACAACAACAACAACAACAACAACAACAACAACAACAACAACAACAACAACAACAACAACAACAACAACAACAACAACAACAACAACAACAACAACAACAACAACAACAACAACAACAACAACAGCAGCAACAACAACAAGUGUAUGUCACUGCCUAUAUUUACCCCACCAUGUCACUGCCUAUAAUGGACCCCAUCAUGUCAUUAUCUGUAGGUUUUGCGAGAAACAUACGAAAAAGAAUGGAGUUUAAGGAUGGGUUACUUGCGAGCAAUACCAGCUUUUAAAAGCUGGUCAAAGUUGGAACUGAAGGCAGCUAAUAAUGCAUCUAAAAUAGUUGAUUACCCAGACAACACUGUACGUAAGUGUGGAGUAGAUGUUUUAUAUACAGGUAUAGGUGCAAUCAAGGCGCAAGUGCUAUUUUUUCUCGUACAUGCAUGCAAGCUAAAACAACUGAGAGAAUAACUACAGAUCUAUAGAAAAGGAAUGUCCUUCAACAUGAACGUUCACCUUGCGCAGGACGUUCAUCUUCCGUCACAUUCCGGAAGUUCUAGUGAGCAUGAAUAAAUACACAAAUGAGUUAAAGUUCAAACAGCAGCGGUUGUAUAUAGAGAUACAACUACCUGAAACAUAUAUAAACAGCAUUUCGAGCGACGAACCUUCGUCGGGAAGUUAGUACUGGUAUCGACUGUUCAAGAUAAUAAAGUUCAAUGCUAUAGUUAUAAUAGUCAUGCUGCAUGACCAGUAACCAUAAUAGUCCAAAAUGUUGGGUCAAAAACUAUAGUCCAUGCAAGACGAUAGCCAUACUGUGCAAGACUUUAGUUAUACAGAGUAUGUCCACAUUAUUCAUAUUUCAAGACUAUAUAUACAUAGUCACAUGGUCAUUGAAAAAUAUCGUCAUACAUAACUCAAUCCAAUGAAUGAGUCAAUGAUUCCACUGAACCCCGAGAAAGAACCAUUGAAUCCCAAGACUCAAUAACUGAAUCCUAUGAUUAAAAUCUUUACAUCUAAAUGUUAACUACCACAUGUUUUAGGUUGCCUUUAAAGAGGAAGCUGAGCCAUCUGAAACAAUCUAUAUUAUCAAAGCUGGGAGAUGCAUUUUAGUGAAAAAGAUGUCAAUUAUAAAGAAGACUUUGCCAUUUGGUCGUGAAAAGUUGGUUUUACCACCAGAAAAGGAUGGUAAACAACGGCUAAGCAGACUCAAAGAAAAUGAAACAAUGUUAACGAUCUUUCUGACCAUUAAAACUUUAAAAAGUGGAGACUAUUUUGGAGUUGGAGAAUCCAUGAAAGAUUCAUUUAUUAUAACCAGAGGAAAGGUAAGGAAAUUUUGGGUACUUUACACUUUACCGUACCGCAAGUAUUUGAUGGUGUGUGUUCAUAUACUCGGGUAGACUUGCUGCAAGUCUCUCUUUCAUUGUCAUAUAGUAUCGAUCCACGAUAGUGCACAUUACAUGACGUAGUGCGGAGGGGCGGAGCGAGAAAGAGAGACUUGUCAAUUUCGGAAAAUCUCGGUUCAAAACUGAACCGAAGAUGCAAGACUUGCUGUCUUGCUUUAAUUGUUUUCUGUCAGUGUUCAUAUGUAUUGAUCUAGCACAGUGUAAAUAACAUGAGUCCAUUAUAGUAAAUAAUACAGAAAGAGAUUGAAGGAAAACAAUUAAAGCAAGUCUUGCAUUUUCGGUUCAGUUUUGAACCGAGAUUUUCCAAAAUUGACAAGUCUUUCUCGCUCCGCCUCUCCGUGCUACGUCAUGUAAUGUAAACUAUAGUGGAUCGAUAGGACAAUGAAAGAGAGACUUGAAGCAAGUCUAAUACUCGGGAGGUGGAUAGUGCUUUUCGCGCAAUUUGAUUGGUUGUUCAGCUCUGGAUUUCGUUGCAUCACCUCCAGACAAAAACAAAAUGGCGUCCCGUUUCGUUCCGAUUAAUACAGACGAGCAAAAUUUUAUCUAUUUAUUAGGCUUUGCCAUAUCUACAUAAACUUGUUUACUAUAUUAUACAUAUAACACAAACAAUAUGGUCUAUGGCUGGGUAUAUACGCUACAGCUUUCGCCAAUUACAGCGGCCCGCGGUUACAUAAUAAUACAAUACAAACAUUCAAACAUUCAAACUAACAACUACACGAAUUUGAAAAAGACAAAUUACGAGAAUUAUUACAAGACAAACAUAUAAAUUUCCAUGUUCGCGGAUCCUCGGCAUCAUAGAUGUUCCUCAAGGCCAGUUUAUAGUACUUAUAAAGUCCGCUCUUGAAUUCAUAAAGUGUGGUGUUUUUGUCCGUCAAGUCAUUCGGUAAUAUAUUCCACACUCGUGUUGAUCUAUUUAAGUAUGAUUUCUGGAAUGUUGCAGUCUUGCUGUUGCAUUUUGCUAUUGUAAUGUCAAACAGUUAUAGGAUCAGCUGAUCUUGUUACUCUGAUCUUGUUACUCUGAUUUGUUACUUUGUUUGUAUUAAACAAAGCUGCGGCGGUUUCGCCAAAUACAAAGAAAGCCACAAAGGUUUGUUUAACAGUGUGCAGAGGUAUUUUAAAGCUAUUCACCUCCAUGCACUUCGACCGAAAUCUUCGGUGAAUCGUUAAAUAUUCGACCUCUCUCUACAUGGACUAUAAUUGUAAUACAUAAUACAAUUGUAUUCCUUCAAGAGUAUAAUUAAUGCAUGUAAAAUGUAUUUGCAUAUACUUUUAACAAAGAUUCAUCAAGUGAAGACCAGUGCUCCUUCAUUGCGUUAUCCGUGGUGUAAAUAACAUAAAAGAGCCCAAUGUGUGUCCAGGCUUUUUUCCCGAUAAAUCGCUGCCUCCUCCACAUGCCCUCGUUGCGCCAUGGGAAGGUCACGAUAUGGCGAGGGCCUGCGGAAUCUUGUAAAAAAAAUGGCACCGGCGUCACGUCAGCAAAUGAAUUUACACAUAAUCUUGAAUAUAAGCAGGCUAUAAAAAAGCGGCGUGAAACUUGUAAAUUAAAAUGGCGACUCUAAGGACGUGGAAGGAAGCAUUUUUUAACGAUAAUGUUUGUUGUCCACACCAACGUUGCACAAAUAAAACUGCCUUCUUUAACGAAGCAGGUUCAAAACAACAUUUAUUCAUUUUACAAGAUUCCGCAGGCCCUCUCGAAAUCGUGACCUUCCCAUGACACAACGGGGGCCUGCGGAGGAGGCAGGAUAAUGCAGGAUAAAUCGUAACUCCUAUAUUUGGCCGACACGUUACAUUUCGCUUCGAUACGGCUGAAGUAGAAAAACUAAGCACUGUCAGUGACAGUAUUUUUUGUUAGUUUAUAACUUCAUAGGCAUAGCCUGAAGACGGACAGUUAAACUACCCGAAACGUUGCGAAAAUAAUAAAAUAUUGAGGAAAAAACCUUCCGUAUAAUCCUAUAGAAUUAAAAAUAAUUUAUACUAUAUAAUUUAGAAAAUAGUUCGGAAGUUGCUUAACCAGUUAACCAUGUGAUUAUCGUUUAUUGUAAUUUGUCGCAAUAUUUAUUCCGUCUCCAGACUGAGCUGAUGUUGAUCCCACGAUCCAUAUUGCAAAUACAUAACCGAGGAAAGGUAUUAAGAGACAUGAAAGAUGCACUAAUCGAGAACAACUGGAAAAGAGAAGAUAUCUUUAAGGCAUACAUAAGAACACGAGAGUGGGACCAAUACAAGCAAGCAAAAGCAACGAAUGUUGUUUCAAGGAAACCAAAACUACGCACAACAACGACUAACGAUAUACCAAUUCAUGUCAGAGAGGAAAAUCCCAAUUAUUUUUCAUAAAUAGUUUAGGCGUAAAUUAUUACAACUAUAUCUAUGUACAUAUAGUUUAAAAAGUUUUUUAUUUACGUAUACGUAAAAUUAUAAUAUUGGUCGUAAUAUUUUUAGAAACUCGUUCACACUAUAAGCUGUACCAAAUUUACUUGUCAGGCAAUCCUACCCGAUUUGGGUAGUGGGUACCAAAUCUAUUUUCAGAGAGGCUCAGAUUUGACUUCCACUACAACUACACUAUUACCUGCUGCGGAUAAAUUACCCACUAUCCAUCCUUACCAAGUUUGUAAAAAGUUGCUCAGUCUUAACCCUUUUAAAACCGCUGGCCCUGAUAACAUCCCGCCUCGCAUUUUCAAAUAUUCCGCUUAUACGAAUAUUAUCUACGUCCAAUUUUAUUACGGACAUCAAAUCGACCCUAAACAAUAGACCUUUCCCCUUAUGAGUGAAAUUUUGAUCUAGACAGGUCUGGACAGCUUGAAAGAGCAUCACAAAUUUAGUAAUAUUCCGUUGCGAAAAUUAGUAAUAUUCCGUUGUAAUGUUUCGUUGCGAAAUGUUGUAAAAUGCGGAUAAUAUAUAGCCUUGCGAA